UUCCGUCGACCUUCCAGAACGGCACGGUAACGAGGAAAAAAACAAAAAAAAGCGAAGAACUGUCUCUCUCUCUCUCUCUCUUCGCUUCGCAGUUCCCGAUCGGCGAUGGCGACUCUCGAUUCCGACGUCCCCAUGGUCCCCGCCGGCGAGGGCUCGAGCAGCGGCGCCGCCGCAUCCUCCUCCUCGUCGAAGAAGCCGAAGCGGUUCGAGAUCAAGAAGUGGAACGCCGUCGCCCUCUGGGCCUGGGAUAUCGUGGUGGACAACUGCGCGAUUUGCCGGAACCACAUCAUGGAUCUCUGCAUCGAGUGCCAAGCGAACCAGGCCAGCGCCACUAGCGAGGAGUGCACGGUUGCUUGGGGAGUGUGCAACCAUGCAUUUCACUUUCACUGCAUCAGUCGUUGGUUGAAGACUCGUCAAGUAUGUCCACUAGAUAACAGUGAGUGGGAAUUUCAGAAGUACGGCCACUGAAUUUCUUUUAGUGCCUUUCAACUUAAUGCAACAGUGUUGUGCAAUUGAAGUUGGAAAAGCAUUUCUUGUUCUCAUGUGAUCUAUUAUCUGUGAAUUGAGUUAAUUGAGUAUUUGGUGCUGCAAACUGGUUAUACCUGCUGUUACAUAAUCUAGCGUGUUCAUUUUGAAGUAAUCCUUGUGAUGCUAGAUAUGGACGAGCUACAGUAACAUUCAAGGAGAUUUGAUCAUAUCUAUGCUUUCUUUUAGCUCUAGGCAUAUAUAUAUUUUAA